GAAAAACAUCAAAUAAAUAAGAUGAACUCAGAACAGCCAAGCGUCAGUUCAAAAUGAAGUGGGCUGUAAUAAUAUUACUCUUUCACUUGCUGAAAAAUAUAAAGUGCGAGCAAUCCUAUGAGGUAACCAAUGAGAGACUAGAGCCUUUCGAGGGCGAUUCCCAGACUUUGGUUUUUUUCGACAAAUUAAAAACUGUUGGCCGGGAGAGAGCUCUCAACGGGUCCUUUAAAUUCGUUGGUGAGAUGAACAACGAUGACUUCAAGGUUUCCGUGGAACUCUAUUCGAGUCCCAGAGGCGAUGGGGAGUUUAAGAGGAUGGCCAUGGACGUGCCCCAAACGAGCAUUUGCGACUGCUUCAAGAAGUUCUACGUCCAGUUCGUGCAACCUUCUGUGAAAACAGGAGAAACCACCAAUUUUCCCCUGGUCGACGACGACUUUUGUCCAGUUCCCGAGGGCGAAUUUUACAUCAAAAAUGUCCUUUUCAACACCGAGGAUUGGCCAUCGCAAGUGCCUCGAGGGAUUGUGAAGGCCAUUAUAACAUUUUUUAGUGGUGGCGAUAAUGUUGGAGGCCUCAUAGUGGAAGUGAAAAUUGAGGAUCGUGAGAGUUAAAAAGUAUUUAUAGAGUUUGGUAGGAGGUGAUCUUUUAAUUUUCGUAUCUUUGGUGAUUUUAAUAACAAGGAAGAAGUAAAAAAAAAGUGAAAUAUACAAUUUUUUGAGGAU